UUGAAAAAGGUGCGCCAACAAUGAAUUCCAAAAAUCAACAAACAAACAGUGAAGCCUUUUUGCAACAACAGAAACAGAGACAUAUGAAACUUUUGCACGAAUACAACAAUCUGAAAGAUGCCACUCAAACAGUUCUUGGUGCCUUGGCACAGGCAAAAGGAUUACCUAUUAAGGAUAUGCAUAAGAUAUACAACCUGCCAGAUGGAAAAUAAUAAAAUUUGUAUUUGAAUUAUGUUUUUAUUUUCAAUAUAAAG